CCAGAGAAAGAUGUUGGAUCCGUGGCAGCCGUCUCUACCCAACGCCUCCUACCCUCCCUUCCCCAAAACCUCCCGCUACGCUGCCAAUACUCUUGUCUUCUCUCUCUCUCUCUCUCUCUUUCUCUUUCUUUCUCUCUCUCUCUCUCUCUCUCUCUCUCUCUCUCUCUCUCUCUCUCUGUCAUUCCGGGGAAUCGAGGGUGGGGGCGGGUGAUAAAGAGAGGUGGGCAGGAGAGAAAUCUCUAAGAGGAGACAGGACAGAUCUAGGGAGGGGGCGAGCCUGGAGGACAGUCGCACAGGGAGGGGCAGAACUCCCGAGCCCGGGAGGGGGUGCACAGUCACCUGGUGGGACAGAGGCUGGCGGAGGGACGGGAACCGAGGCGGGGUGAGCCGCGGGAGAGUGGAAGGGCAGGCGCCUGGGCUGGGGGCGGAGACCAGGCGGGGCAGGGAGGCGGGGAAGGAGGGCGGUGGGAGCCUGAGCCCAUCGCAGCGUGAGCAGGUGGAGCCGCGGUGGGAGCCCGCCAGGCCGAGCAGAGUAAGGCGGCGGGCUCCGCCGGGGCCAUGGAGCUGCUAAAGCUGAAUCGGAGCGUGCAGGGAACCGGACCCGGGCCGGGGGCUUCCCUGUGCCGCCCGGCGGCGCCUCUCCUCAACAGCAGCAGUGUGGGCAACCUCAGCUGCGAGCCCCCUCGCAUUCGCGGAGCCGGGACACGAGAAUUGGAGCUGGCCAUUAGAAUCACUCUUUACGCAGUGAUCUUCCUGAUGAGCGUUGGAGGAAACGUGCUCAUCAUCGUGGUCCUGGGACUGAGCCGCCGCCUGAGGACCGUCACCAAUGCCUUCCUACUCUCACUGGCAGUCAGCGACCUCCUGCUGGCUGUGGCUUGCAUGCCCUUCACCCUCCUGCCCAAUCUCAUGGGCACAUUCAUCUUUGGCACAGUUAUCUGCAAGGCGGUUUCCUACUUCAUGGGUGUGUCUGUGAGCGUGUCCACGCUAAGCCUCGUGGCCAUAGCACUGGAGCGGUACAGCGCCAUCUGCCGACCACUGCAGGCACGAGUAUGGCAGACGCGCUCCCACGCGGCUCGCGUGAUCGUAGCCACGUGGCUGCUGUCCGGACUACUCAUGGUGCCCUACCCCGUGUACACCGUCGUGCAACCAGUGGGCCCUCGUGUGCUGCAGUGCGUGCAUCGCUGGCCCAGUGCACGGGUCCGCCAGACCUGGUCCGUACUGCUGCUCCUGCUCUUGUUCUUCAUCCCGGGUGUGGUUAUGGCCGUGGCCUAUGGGCUUAUCUCUCGCGAGCUCUACUUAGGGCUUCGCUUUGACGGUGACAGUGACAGCGGGAGCCAAAGCAGAGUCCGAAGCCAAGGCAGGCUGCCAGGUGGGGCUGGACCAGGUGCUAUUCACCAGAACGGGCGUUGCCGGUCUGAGACUGGCGCGGUUGGCGAAGACAGUGAUGGCUGCUAUGUGCAACUUCCGCGUUCCCGGCCUGCACUGGAGCUGUCGGCGCUGACGGCUCCUGGGCCCGGCUCCCGGCCCACCCAGGCCAAGCUGCUGGCUAAGAAGCGCGUGGUGCGAAUGUUGCUGGUGAUCGUUGUGCUUUUUUUUCUGUGUUGGUUGCCAGUUUAUAGUGCCAACACGUGGCGCGCCUUUGAUGGCCUGGGUGCACACAGAGCACUCUCAGGUGCUCCUAUCUCCUUCAUUCACUUGCUGAGCUAUGCCUCGGCCUGUGUCAACCCCCUGGUCUACUGCUUCAUGCACCGUCGUUUUCGCCAGGCCUGCCUGGAAACGUGCGCUCGCUGCUGCCCCCGGCCUCCACGAGCUCGCCCCAGGCCUCUUCCCGAUGAGGACCCUCCCACUCCAUCCAUUGCUUCGCUGUCCAGGCUUAGCUACACUACCAUCAGCACACUGGGCCCUGGAUGAGGAGUAGAGGGGCCGUGGGGGCUGAGGCAGGGCAAAUGACAAGUACUGACCCUUCCAGACACACAAAACACAAACCACAACUGACGCAGGAGACCGGCACCCAAAGCAUGGACUAACCCCAAAGCACAGGAAAAGGUAGGUUAUGUGACACAAAAGGAACAAGAAUGGAGCAGUACACAGGAAAGGAGGCAUGCCUCUGAUACAGGACUGAGCCUGGCCCAUAGAAACAUGACACUGACAGACACAGCGUCCCUAGCAGUGAACUAUUUCUACACAGUGGGAACUCCGACAAGUGCUGACCUGCCUCUCACACACAGAUUAAUGGCACUGAUUGUUUUAGAGACUAUGGAGCCUGGCACAGGACUGACUCUGGGAUGCUCCUAGUUUGAGAUCACAAUGCCCUUUCCCAAUCAGUACUGAAAAUACCAUCAGGCCUAAUCUCAUACCUCUGACCAACAGACCAUUCUGCACUGAAAACGUUCUUCAUUCCUUUCCAGUUAAGGACCGUGGCCCUGCCCUCUCCUUCCUUACCCAAACUGUUCAAGAGAUAAUAAAUUAUUUGGCUUCCUCCUGAA